AUGGCUGCGGCGGCGGCCCCUCGGGGGCGACAGUCGGGGGAGGUCCGCGCGUUCGGCCGGGCCAUGAAGCUGCUGGAGCGCCUGGAGGCGCAGUGCGGGGACCCCCGGCUCGCCUCGAGUCCCCCCUCUCUGCGCGACCUGCUGCCCCGUACAGCCGAGCUGUUGCGCAAGGUGGCCCUGGCCCGAAGGGUGCCGGGCGGCGGGGGCCCCGAGGGUCCCGGGGGCGCCUGGGACUUCCUGGCCGUCUACCUUGCAAACCUGGAAGCCAAGGGCAGGCAGGUGGCCACACUGCUGCCUUCCCGGGGCCGAACUGGAGCCAACGACGAGCUCUUCCGGGAGGGCUCCAGACUCAGGCGGCAGCUGGCCAAGCUGGCCCUCAUCUUCAGCCACAUGCACCAGGAGCUCAGCGCGCUCUUCCCUGGAGGACAGUACUGUGGACAUCUGUAUCAGCUCACCAAGGCGCAGGCCCACACCUUCUGGAGGAAGUGCUGUGGCCAGCGAUGCGUGCUGCCCUGGACCGAGUUCGAGUCCCUCUUGCGCACCUGCCACCCCCUGGAGUCAGGCUCCACCGCCAUGGCCUUGCGCUCCACCAUCGACCUCACAUGCAGCAGCCACGUGUCCAUCUUCGAGUUUGACAUCUUCACCAGGCUUUUCCAGCCAUGGCCCACCCUCCUCAAGAACUGGGAGCUGCUGGCUGUCAACCAUCCCGGCUACAUGGCCUUCCUUACAUAUGACGAGGUCCGAGAGCGCUUGCAAGCCUGCAGAGACAAGCCUGGCAGCUACAUUUUCCGCCCUAGCUGCACUCGUGUGGGACAGUGGGCCAUCGGAUACGUGAGCUCAGACGGCAGCAUCCUGCAGACCAUCCCUCCCAACAAACCCCUGUUCCAGGUGCUCCUGGAAGGACAGAAAAAAGGCGUCUACCUCUACCCAGACGGGAAGAAGCACAACCCAGACCUGACAGAGCUGUGCCAGAUGGAACCCCACCAGCACAUCCACGUGUCUGAGGAGCAGCUGCAGCUCUACUGGGCCAUGGAUUCUACGUUCCAGCUCUGCAAGAUCUGCGCUGAGAGCGACAAGGACGUGAAGAUCGAGCCCUGUGGCCACUUGCUCUGCAGCCGCUGUCUGGCUGCCUGGCAGGACUCAGACAGCCAGACGUGCCCCUUCUGCCGCCGUGAGAUCAAGGGCCGAGAGCCAGUGAGUGUCCACCAAUUCCCAGAUAUGCCUGCGGGGGCCAGGUCCAUGGCCAGCAAGGACUCAGAGGACAGCAGUGAUCUGGAGGAAGAGGAGAUGGGGCAGGUGGCACCCCCUCUGCCCCCUAGGCUGGAUCUGUCCCCCAGAAGAGGAGGAGCUCUGAAGGUGAAUCCCGGAGGAAUGGGAGAACCAGAAAAUGAGCCAGGACACGGGCAGCUGGCCAGCCACGGGGGCCCGGCCACAAUGGCAUCACAGAACCGGUCUGAUGAGGACACGCUGGUGCCCCGAUGA